AUGGAGGAAAGUGCACCAGAGAUUGACUCCCCAUCAUCAAUUCCAGUUUCUACCGAACAUGUAGUGAGUUCACGUCCAUUUGAUUCUAGUAAUGUUUCUAAACCUCCUCCAGGAGCUAAGAAAAAAUCAAGAAAAGAAUCAGAUGUUUGGCAGCAUUUUGUUAAAAACAAUGACGAUCCAAAGGCUCCUAGGGUUGUAUGUAAGCUUUGCGAUAAGUCUUAUGCUGGUGGUGACAGAGCAUAUGGAACAAGUACCCUUAGAAAUCAUUUGCUUAAUCAGUGCCCACACGAAAAUUCACUCAGAAUGGAAGAUAAAAAACAAAAAACUUUGAUUUUCCAGAAGAAGUUAUGUGGGGCUAAGAGUGGAAGUGCUGAAGGAACUAAUUUAAAGGCUGUUGGGUUUAGCCAAUCUGAUUGUAGGCUUGCAUGUGUUAAGAUGAUUAUCCUUGAUGAAUUGUCAUUUAGAUUUGUAGAGCAAGAAGGCUUUAAGUUAUUUUGUAGUGUCCCAUGCCCCGGGUUCGAUAUACCAUCACGCACCACAGUUUCAAGGGAUAUCAAGAAUUUAUAUCGUGAUGAGAAGAAAAAAUUAAAGAAUUACUUUCUUAAACAUUCACAAAGAGUUUCUUUGACCACUGAUACAUGGACUUCUAUUCAAAAUGUUUGUUAUAUGGUGUUGACAGCACACUUUAUAGAUCAUGAAUGGAAAAUGCAAAAAAGGAUUUUGAAUUUUUGUCAAAUUCCUAAUCACAAAGGAGAAACAAUAGGAAAAGCAAUUGACAUGUGCUUAAAGGAGUGGGGUAUCGAGAAGGUAUUUUCCAUAAUGGUUGAUAAUGCAUCCUCUAAUAAUGUGGCUAUUAGUCACAUCAAGAAACGAUUGCAAAUAUGGAAGACUGAGAUUUGUAAUGGAGAGUUUGUGCACAUGAGGUGUUCAGCACAUAUUCUUAACUUAGUUGUAGGUGAUGGGUUGAAAGAAUUAAAUGCUUCUAUAGUUGCGGUUCGUAAUGCAGUUAGAUAUAUCAGAGCAUCUCCAGCUAGAUUAGGAAGUUUUCAGAAUUGUGUGAAGAGUACUUGUAAAGAAGAUAAAGCUAGUAUCUGUUUGGACGUAUCAACAAGGUGGAACUCAACCUUUUUAAUGUUGGAUAGGGCAAUAAAGUAUUUAGAUGCUUUCAAGUUGCUAGAAGAAGAAGAUGAACAUUAUGUGAAAUAUUUCAGUGAUAAAGAUCAAAAUGGAAGGAGUUUAAUAGGACCACCAGUUUCUAAAGAUUGGGAUAACUGUGCCAUCUUUUGUAAGUUUCUGAAAAUAUUUUACGAAGUUUAG